UUUUAGUCCCUGAAUGGAUCUGAGCUGGAGCCGGGCUCUCUGCCCCCGGCCAGGGCACGGCAUCAUGUUGUGCUGGGAGGGCUCUCCUGCGCGGCUCCUCGAAUGGCUCCAUCCCCGCCCGGGGCUGGGGGACAGGCAUGGAUAACUUCGAGUACAGCAUCCAGCUGAACGACCGCGAAUGGGCCGAGUUCUUGCAGGCUUCCGAGGAGUGCAGCCUGGCGCCGGCCUCGCUGGCCACGGCCGAGGAGCAGUGCCUCAGUGACAUUGAGCAAGGGGACGCCUCGGGACGCGACUGUCCGCUCAGCACCGACGGGGUGACCGCAGCCAGGCCGGGCAGCGAGCCAGCCCUGCCUGGCACGGCCAGCGCUGCCCCACGUGGUGACAGCGCCGGUGACACCGCCCCGCGCCGGCCGCAGCGCGGGCACCUCUGCGUGCCGGAGCUGCUGUCGGGCAGCGAGGACGAAGCGGAGCUGGGCUCUGUGGGCAGGUUCCUGUGCGACAGCGACAAGGCCAGCUGCCCGGCACCCGCUGCCAUGCCCAGCGCCCAGAGGAGGCAGCCACCGCGGCCACCCGCGGCCGCCCCGGCCGGUGGCACGGCGCAGGGUGGCCCCGGGCAGGACACGGCGGUGGCAGCGGCCGGAGGCAGCCAGGCCAUGGAGCCCUCCGGACCCCCCGAGCAGGGCGGGGACGCAGGAGGGGGACAAGCCCUGCUGGCACAGCCAGAAGCUCCAGCAGCCUCUGUCUCCGCGGCCGAGAAAAGCGCUGUCCCCUCGGAGCCCGGGCUGCGGGGACCCGCGGGGGACCCCCCGAGCCCUUCGCUGGGGACGGUGCCCAGGGUGGUAGCGGAGGAGGAGAAGGCGGGCACGGAGCCGAGCUCGCCGGGCGCAUCCCCCAGCGUGGUGAGGCCCAAGGUGCCGGCACAGCCGAGGAAGAGCCGCAAGCAGCGCGGAGCCGGCGGCACCGAUGGGGACAGGGACCCCCUGACAGCGGCACCGGGCGCCACCGCGGCCGGGAAGGCACCGCCGAGCUCCCCGGUGUCCCCGCGGAAGGGCAGAGCGAAGGACAAGGCGGCCAAGGGAGCGCUGGUGCGGCUGGGCAGCGAGGAGGCUGCGGAGAGCAAGCGGGCGCUGCCCGGCGCUGGCGAGGAUGGCGGCGAUGCCGCGACUGCUCCCCCCAAGCCCCGGGGCAAGGAGCCGGGGCCGCAGUCCCCGGGCAAGACAAAGGCCACCAAGGGCCCAAAGGCAGGGCAGGCCGGUGGCUUGGGCGUACGUGACAGUGUCCCAGCGGUCCCUGGCCACGGAGCCGCGGCUCCUCCAGGGGAGGCGAGCCAGGAGGUGCCGGGGAAGCCUCUCCAGCCCGGGAGCACGGCAGCGUUUGGAGGGAAUGCUGCUGAGGGGGCUGGGGGAGAGCCUGCUGCUGAGACCCCUGGAGUUCCUGCUGCUGAGACCCCUGGAGUUCCUGCUGCUGAGACCCCUGGAGUCCCUGCUGCUGAGACCCCUGGAAUUCCUGCUGCUGGGACCCCUGGAAUUCCUGCUGCUGAGAUUCCCAGGAAGCCCUCAGAGAUCUUUGGAAUCCCUGCUGCUGAGAUCCCUGGAGUUCCUGCUGCUGAGAUUCCCAGGAAACCCUCAGAGAUCCCUAGAGUCCCUGCUGCUGAGACCCCUGGAAUUCCUGCUGCUGGGACCCCUGGAGUUCCUGCUGCUGAGAUUCCCAGGAAGCCCUCAGAGAUCCCUGCACUCCCUGCAGUUCCUGCUGCUGAGAUCCCCAGGAAGUCUGCAGCUGAGGUUCCCAGGAAACCCUCAGAGAUCCCUGAGGUUCCUGCAGCUGGGAUCCCUUGGGAGCCUGCAGCUGGGAUUCCCAGGAAACCUGCACCUGAAAUCCCUUGGGAGCCUGCAGCAAAGAUUCCCAGGAGUCCUGCAGCAGGGAUCCCCAGGAGUCCUGCCAUUGAGAUCCCCAGGAGUGCAGCAGUUGGGAUCCCCAGGAUCCCUGCCAUUGAGAUCCCCAGGAUCCCUGCAGCUGAGCUCCCUAGGAUCCCUGCCAUUGAGAUCCCCAGGAUCCCUGCAGCUGAGCUCCCCAGGAUCCCUGCCAUUGAGAUCCCCAGGAUCCCUGCAGCUGAGCUCCCCAGGAUCCCUGCCAUUGAGAUCCCAUGUGAGCCUGCAGCUGGGAUCCCCUGGGAAGCUGCAGCUGAGCUGCCCAGGGCCGUGAGCCCCCUGUGCUUUGCUGAUGGGGCCUCUGGCAAGCCCAACUCCCUGGAUGUGACCUGGCCCGAGAUGUACGAGUACCUGUUCUGUGAUUCCCAGGAGGAGGAGGAGCUGGGCAGCUCCCUGGAGGGGCGGAAGUCGCCCUUGCAGAGGGAAAUCUCCUGGCCCGAACUGUACGAGUACUUCUUCACCGAGCCAGAAGGAAGCAGGAAAAAAGGCAAAGCUAAAGACAGGAAAAGAAAGAAGUUCAGAGGCUUGGACCGCCCUGGGCUGCACAAGGAGGCUCCCAGCUCUGCUCCAGACAAGGACACCGUGGUUAUCUCAGUCCCUGAUGUGUAUGAACACUUCUUCCCAGAGCCAGCCCCCAACAGGAUGGGCUGGAGAGGGAUUUUCUCCCUGGCUCCGGCCUCAGAGGUGAAGAAAGCUGUGGGGGCUUUGAGGUCCCUGCUGCAGAGGCAGGGGCAGCUGGCAGGAGGCCAAGCCCCAACCUCCCAGGCCCUGGUGCCCAGAAGAUCCGGAGAGGAGCUCGCCCUGGUCCCGCUGGGAGGAGCCCAGGUGUGGCCAGAAGAUGAGGACAGGGCCCUGGCACUGAGAGGAGCAGCAGAGGAGCCCCGGGUGCUGAGCCACAAGGACAUGUGCCUGGUCUUCUGUGCCUUUGCCUCCUGGGCCGUGAAGACAUCUGACCUGCAGGCUCCGGAUGCCUGGAAGACCAUGUUCCUGGCAAGCUUUGGCACCCUCUCGGCCAUUCGCUACUUCCGAAGGCAGGUCAGGGAAGGGCACCCCCGGACUUAACCCCUGCCGCGCCGGAGCCGCUGCCCGGGGCCGGGACUUUGCUCUGGACAGUGGGAAAAGCCUGGAACCAGCCCCAAGAGCUUCCCCGGCCCCGGGACUUUGCUCUGGACAGUGGGAGAAGCCUGGAACCAGCCCCAAGAGCUUCCCCGGCCCCAUCCGCGACGGGACAGGAUGGCACAGGGAGCGGGAGCCUCCCGGGGACGGGAACUGACGGUAGGACAGGACAGGACAGGGGCUGGCAGUGCCAGCUGGUCCCUCCUCCCCGCUGGAGUCACCUGGUGGCACAGGAAGGCACGGAGGUGGCGCAGGGACGCACGGAGGAAGCAGGGAAGUGCUUCAUCCCGACAAAAGAGCCGGGAUAUCUCUGAAGGAGCUUUGGGAAGAGCUUGGGCUGGGCAGCAGCCCCCGGGGGAUGCAGGGGUCGCUGCCAAGCGCUCCCAUGACCGCUCCGAUCACUCCAGGAGGAUCAAAUCCUCUCGGGUUUCACUCCGAGAAGUCCCAGCUCGGGGAUGAGGUUUCUGCCGCACGUGGCCGCCGCAGCCCCGGCUGGGUCUGUCCCUGGGGACAGCUGCGGCAGGGACACGUCCCCAUCCCGCAGCAGAGGACGGGCAGGGGUCACCCGGGGGAAGGGACAGCCGGGGAGGGCAGCAGGGACAGGGGCUGAGCUCAGGAGGUGUCAGGAGAAGGGACAGGAGGAUGUUGGAGGGGAGGGAGAAGGAGGUGGGCAGGUUUGGCUGUGCCAAGCAGCAGGAAAGGCUCUGGAUAUUUGAUUUAUUUCCUUUUGUGCCUCCCGUCCUAGAGAGGCAAAGCUGGCUGGGGGAGAUGUGGGGUGAGGGGAGCGUGGGUGGAAGCUGUGGAAUGGAAAGUGGGGGGAAAAUGAAAUGGUUCAGUUCCCCCUCUCCCCAGUGCCUCCCUCAGCACCCCAGGGCAAUAUUCAUCCAGGAGGAAUUUCCUCCCCUCACCAGCCUGGUGACAGCACCAGUGAGGGACUGAGAUCCACGGGGGCUCUGCCCUGUGUUGGUGAGGUGACAGCAGGGAGGGGAGGUCUCUUUCCUUGUGCUGAAGGCUUUGAGGGCUGCAGGGGUGGGCUGGAGGCCGUGGGUGACUGCUGAGAGGAGGGCACAGCGAGAUCUGGGACAGGGAGUUAGGGCUGGACAGGCUCUGCAUGGCCUGGAGCAGCUCAACACCCACUGAGAGGGCUUCUGUGGAGGAGGAGAGCAGAUGGAACGUGCUGGAAGCUUCUAAUAAAGUUCUAUCUCAUUUAC